GCGCAGUCGUGGGGGCGGGGAGACGCGGUGGUGGCUGUGGCGGCGGCGGGAGCUCGGUCCAGAGGCGGUAUCGCGGUGGAGGCAGCGGCUGCGCCUACUUGGUGUUGGGCUCCCUCCCUCCUCCAUUCCCCCUCCUCCCCUUCCCCUCCAGCGGUGGUUUUCUAGGAGUCCGAGACGUGCGGCCAGGCGGCGACCAGCUCCGGGAUCAACUUACUAUCCUGAAAUACAUUCUCCCAAGAAGAAGGGACCACUUCCUUCCAUCCAAGAAAGAAAGACCACUUUGUGAGAAAGGCUUGGGUAUCCCAUGAACGAGCUAGCAGAAAACCGAUUGGGGUGCAGCAGGACUCCAGAGCCAGAUAUAAGGCUCAGAAAAGGGCACCAGCUUGAUGGUACAAGAGGAGGUGAUAAUGACAACCACCAAGGAGAUUUGGAGCCUACUUUAGAAGCAUCUGUUCCUUCUUCCUAUCAUAAAAAAAGCUCUGAGGAACAGGAGUGCAAUGAUGACACUUCUCAGGAGGAUGAAGGGUUUAUGGGCAUGUCCCCACUCUUACAAGCCCAUCAUGCUAUGGAAAGAAUGGAAGAGUUUGUUUGUAAGGUCUGGGAAGGUCGAUGGCGAGUGAUCCCUCACGAUGUGCUGCCAGACUGGCUCAAGGAUAAUGACUUCCUUUUACAUGGCCACCGGCCACCUAUGCCUUCUUUCCGGGCCUGCUUUAAGAGCAUCUUCAGAAUACACACAGAAACAGGCAACAUCUGGACACAUCUCUUAGGUUGUGUAUUUUUCCUGUGCCUGGGGAUCUUUUAUAUGUUCCGCCCAAAUAUUUCCUUCGUGGCCCCUCUGCAAGAGAAGGUGGUCUUUGGAUUAUUUUUCUUGGGAGCCAUUCUCUGCCUUUCGUUUUCAUGGCUUUUCCACACAGUCUACUGCCACUCAGAAGGAGUCUCCCGGCUCUUCUCUAAACUGGAUUACUCUGGUAUUGCUCUUCUGAUUAUGGGGAGUUUUGUUCCUUGGCUUUAUUAUUCUUUCUACUGUAACCCACAACCCUGCUUCAUUUACUUGAUCGUCAUCUGUGUGCUGGGCAUUGCAGCCAUUAUCGUCUCCCAGUGGGACAUGUUUGCCACCCCUCAAUAUCGAGGAGUCAGAGCAGGAGUAUUUGUGGGCUUGGGCCUGAGUGGAAUCAUUCCCACCUUGCACUAUGUCAUUGCGGAGGGCUUCCUGAAGGCUGCCACCAUCGGGCAGAUUGGCUGGCUGAUGCUCAUGGCCAGCCUGUAUAUCACUGGAGCUGCCCUCUAUGCUGCCCGGAUCCCUGAGCGCUUCUUUCCUGGCAAAUGUGACAUCUGGUUUCACUCUCAUCAGCUGUUUCACAUCUUUGUGGUUGCCGGAGCUUUCGUUCACUUCCACGGCGUCUCAAACCUGCAGGAGUUCCGUUUCAUGAUCGGUGGAGGCUGCACUGAAGAGGAUGCACUGUGAUACCUACAGGUAGCCAGGGACCAUGACCCUGUACCUAGGCCUGCAGCAGCAGCAGCGUAGCAACAGCAGCAGCGGCAGCAUCAGCAGCGGCAGCAGCAGCAGGACUCCCUACUGGCCACUGAUGGCAGUAUAAGAGGAGCCCCAAAACUUUGACAGCCUCAUGGGCUUUGUGACAGCCCAGGGGCUCCACGUGGUACACGACUGAGAAGACAAAAACAAAAAUAAAUCAUACCUCAGAGGAUGGAGUGCAUCAAUUAGGAGAAAAGAAGUGGCCCAUACCCUGACUUAUUCUUGGGAUCUGUCCACCGAGGGUGCCGCAAAACCCUUGGCACACUGGCUUCUGACCCAUAUCAUAUUUAUUUGUGGAAGAUGGGGAAACAGUUUAGCUGGUUGUUCUUUCUUCUCUCUCCUAAAACAACAGUACAAACCAAUUUAGGUGAAAAUUUAUAUCCAGUUAAGGGAGUGUGAUUUUAGAAGUUCUUUUAAGAAGAACAAAGAAAUUAAUGUAAAUAAGAUUUCUAACUUACUGUUUAAAUAAAAAUUUAUAUAAAUGUUUAAAACGUAGGGGUAGGGGAGGGAGGGAGAAUUUUUGUAUAGAACGAAACAUGCAAGUACCACACACUGUUUCAAUUUUGCACAAAGUGUGGCUGGUGGAGGGUCAGGCAGCAGCCCCAGAAUGUACAGUGUCUUGGUGCACCAAGGUGCCUUCCAAAGGCCGACACACAUACCUUGACCCCAGCAGGGCAGAGGUUGCAGCCCCUGCCUCGUGUUCACACGGCAUCUCUCAAGUCUGAGAGCCGUUGGGGAUUCCAAGGCAGAGGUGGAGGGAAGUGGUGCAUUUCCUCAGUUAAAGGCUGACAAAAGGUAGUAGAUGAAGGCUGUAGGUAAAGUGUUAUUUCAGAGCGUCUGGUAGGCUUAUAGUGACCUCUCUAAGGUAGAGCCACUUAGUCCUGUCAUUAGUGUUGGAAAAGAGCAGUGGAGACUUAGAGGCACUCUGGGGACAUGAGCACAGGGACUCAUCUGGUCACUUCCUGACACCCUGUUAAGAUGGUGGUACAUACGUGACCAGAGCGGUAUGAGCAGUUGUCCAUGUCCUUGCUGUGGAGCCCUGGACCACUCUGUAAAUGUCUAUUAAUCACUGCCCUGACUACUUUCUUCCUUCUGGAGUGGAAAAUUGUCUCUCCCUUAUAUUACAGUUCCUGGCACAGAGCCAGUCACAUUCAAGAUUCUAACUUGUAUGGGUUCCUCAUAAGGUCACUUUCUUAGGUUGGGGACAGACACCUCUGCUCUCCUGGCACAAAAAAGUCAGAACUCCCUAGUCCCCACCACAGACCCUCACCACAGCACUGUAGCCCCACUGCCCAUCCCGGGCAGGGAUAACAUGGGGCAAAGUUAAAAGGAAACUGGAUGUUAUUGCCAGGCUGUUCGGUAGAACCCUUAAAUCUGUGGUUUUGAAUUGCUACUAGAAGUGAAAAACGAUUGCUCUUGUCCUGGGGCCAGCUUGUUUUGGUGUCGGGGAGAACAGUGGGAGCAGGAUCUGGUUUGUAGAAUCCUGAUCUUGGCUCCUUGGGGAGCUCCCAAAAUAGCACUGGAGUCGGGUUCCUGCCGGCCUCCUCAGGUGGUUGUGUCACAUCCGGGGGAUGGUGGGUACUAGAACUAGGCAGGGGCUUUGGUAUCCUCAGAGGAAUGUUGGGAGAUAAGGGAAGAGUCUCCUAUUCCGUAGAAUUUUCUCCUUCCUCUGCCCUUCAGAUCUUCAGCCAUAGCUGGGGUAUAGACCUCAAUGUAGAACUUGGGGAGAGUUUAGGAGUAUUUUGGUUCUGUUUAAGGUCACUACCAUAGGCAAGCCAAGCGGAAGCCUGACAGUUCCUGACGGAAUGAAGAACAGUAUUAACUCCUUGAGGAAUCAGUCCGGCAGGUCAGCGGCCACAGGGAUGGAAGCUCUCUCAGUUUCAUGGGAGCCAACAGCACAUAUCCGAAGCCAGACUUGAUCUUUGGUCACACUUUGGGGUACAGGGUAUGAGGUACAGCCCUGUAACAACACCCACAGAAAUGGUAGUCUUUGGGCCCAGUCGCCCCACACCCCAAAGCAGGAAGAAUCUGGUUCAACAGAGCACAAACCCUUAGGGUACGUGAAACCAACACCACCAGUGCGGAAUCCAGUCAACUCCCCCUCUCCGGUUGUGUAUGUGUGUGGGCGCGUGUGCCCAUGUGUGUGUCUCUGUGCAGCUCACUACCAACAGCCUCAGUGUGCACUUGACCUUCCAGUGCCUGCUGAGAAUCUCACCAGGUUGGCGCCUGAAUGCCUUACUCUCAGCAGCCUGAGGCUUGCUUGCUCUGUGCAGAUUUUUAAUUUUUCUCUUUAGCCCUAGGCUGGUUAGGACCUCUACAGCUUCAUUCUUUCACCAUUAAAUAGUGGCCUUUUUCAGUAUUCUCCCCCUCCCUUCCCCUUUAUAAAUUGCCGAAGCCACAAAGCACAUUUUGGGGGAUCAUAGGAAGCUGGGUAUCAGAACGGCGUCUGUGUGAUGCUUCCAUUUGCCAUGGGAUUUCCCUAUUUGCUGUAUUCUCAAUUUCUCUAAUAAAAGAGAGCCAAACGGAAUGUGAA